AUGGCACUCGUCGGAACCCUCCUGUUCUGCACAGACUGUGGUAGCAUCCUAGAACGUUGCCCGCCAGACCAGCACUUGAUCAAAUGCGACGCCUGCUCUACUCUAAANCAACAUGCACCUGAUGCGUUCCCCUCUCGUCUUUGCGACAAGCGUUCGAACGUGCAGAUCCUGACCGCCGAGGAUCGAGACACCUGGGCCCUGACGUCGAAGAUCUGUCCAAAGUGCGAAAAUGACAAGUUGAAGUUCCGCGACGUUCAGACACGUGGAGCGGAUGAGGGCAGCACUAUCUUCUACAAGUGCCCUGCUUGUGGUCAUGGAUUCAAGGAGGACAACUAA